AGGUGUCCCGGCACGGACCAUCCGUUUGACGCUGGGGGACGAAAUUUGAUUGGACAGGUGACGGAUUGCGUCUUGCUGAACCCUUGUUGGAGGCCGAAACUCUAAAAAGUAGGCGAGGUGGAUGUACCGCGCGGCGACUUACAGCGGUUUCGAACCGCUCUUCGAAGGUCUGAAGAUGCGAGUUCUACAUUUCGGAUGUUGACAUGUUUAUCGUAAUGAUCAAUGAGAAAAUAUCGAUUGAUCGGAGUGCCAACGAGAUACCUCAAUUGAAAUGCAUGAUUUACACUCCAAAAUUCAAUGGGGGUUGAGUUGAGUAAUGUAUCGCUGUGCAGGUGGCGAAACCAAUGAAAACCGCUGGAAGGUUCCAGCACCUUCCACGCCUCCGAAGCUACCAGAACCCUCUCUCUCCCAUCAUGAGGCCAUCGUCAAAGAGAAGCUUACAGAUCCCUCCAGAAUAGGCUUUCACAGCAUGCGCGUCUCUUCCCCAACGUGCGAGUCCAUUCUCGAAGGGCCUUGCAACGAAUUCUAUGAUUUUUCAGCGAUGUUUCCGGAACGCUGGGGAAGGCACGAUGGUGCCUGCUUCAAUUGUAUAAAUCGGUCGUCUUGAUCGCCUCUUACACCGAUUUCUUCUCAUCAGAUCAGAACAACAACAAGCACUCACAGCUACAACUCUCUCAUACACACAUUAAAACAACCAGUUCUCGCAACCACUGCAAUUUUUCUACUCAUCAAUCAAUUCACCAUACAACCACUUCACACCCUUAUAACAACCAACAACAACAACACCAUCAAAAUGGCCUUCUUCCCCCGCAACUUCUACAACUCCGACGCCUCCUUCACCCCUCUCUUCCGCCUCCUGGAGGACUUUGACAACUAUUCCCGCCAGGGCAACGGCACUCCCUCCAGCGGCGCCCGCGGCACCCACCGCAACCACGUCCCGACCUUCCAGCCCAAGUUCGAUGUCCGCGAGGUCGAGGACGCCUACGAGCUCCACGGCGAGCUCCCCGGCAUGAGCAAGGACGACGUCUCCAUCGAGUUCACCGACCCGCACACCCUCCACAUCCGCGGCCGCGUCGAGAGGUCUUACACCGCCGGCACCCCGCCCGCAGGCCUCCUCCAGCAGUCCUCCGGAGCUGAGAUGAGCGGCGCCAUCACCGACGGCAGUAGCAACAACGACGCCGCCAGCACCACCACAGCCACCGGUACUGAGCGCCCUCGCUCGCCUCACCAGGCUACCGUCGAGGAUGAGGAGGACGACGAGACAAACUCCACCGCGCAGCCUACCCCCGCCACCACCGUCGCCGAGGUCGACAAGUCUGCCUCUGCUGUCGCGCAUCACCACCAGCACGCCGCUGCCAAGAAGGAGCCCGUCGACAACGCAAAGUACUGGGUCUCGGAGCGCAGCAUCGGCGAAUUCAGCCGGGUCUUCAACUUCCCCGGCCAGAUCAAGCAGGACGCCGUCUCGGCUGGGUUCAGGGAUGGUAUCCUUUCCAUCCGGGUGCCCAAGGCUCCCAAGCACGAGACUCGCCGCAUCUUCAUCAACUAAAAGACGACCAUGACUAUAAUCCUUCCAAUUGUACAACACGACAAUAAUGAGAAUCGAGUGAAUAGGAAACGGGACUUUGAUGGAGGGAUGAGCAUUAAUGGGUCUCUUGCAUUGGGAUUGGUGUUUCGGGUUUCUUUCUUUCCUUCGCUAUAUACUAGCAAUGAUAAUGAAACAAGUUUAAAAACCAAAUGAUUGGAUCCAUUUAUAAUUCGUGACCGUAUCUGAUUGUGAGCUUAACAUGACUUCAGACGGUAGAGUGAUGAUAUCUAGCCCAGCUUGAGCUGGAGGCUUCAACGCAUAGGAGGGCUGCUGCAAGCUCUCGAACACAUUUGCCGCUGAUGCAUACAGUAGAUCAAACGAACAGAAGCUUGGCAUUGGCAUGCGGCACAAUUACGAAUGCCUUAUCUUGAAGAGGUCAUGAGUAGCAAUUGUCGUGCUGUUACCUUG